AUGGAACCUGUUUUAGAUAGUAGCAAUAAAAAUAGAGUGCCUUUAGCCAUUUGGAGCGAAGGUUCUAUAACUGCUUGUGAUAAAAAAAUACAAUUUGACAGUUGUAAUAAUAUUGAAACCUUAGAAAAUCAAAAAUUAGCUUUAAAAAAUGGAUUAGGAAAUGGUCUUAACGGGAGGUCGGAAGGAAUUCAUCAUGAUGAUAAUAAAUAUUCGGAAACAAAAGGUUGUGCGGUGACUAUUGACGAGAGUAACAGUUUGUCUUCUAUUAGCAGUACAAAAUCUAACGUUAAAAACAAACCCAAAGUGCCUGAUGGUGGUUGGGGUUGGGUCGUUGUAUUUUCUUCGUUUAUAAUCAGCAUGAUCGCUGAUGGAGUUUCAUUUUCGUUCGGUUUGCUUUAUAUAGAAUUUUUAAAUUAUUUUCAAGAGAGUAAAUCAAAAACUUCUUGGAUAGGAAGUUUAUUUAUGGCUGUGCCUUUAAUCUCAGGACCGAUAAUGUCUGCAUUAGUUGAUAGAUAUGGAUGUAGAAGUAUGACGAUGGUUGGAGGAUUGAUCUCAGGAAUAGGAUUUGUUCUUGCCUCCUUUGGCAAUUCCAUAGAAUGGGAAUUUAUUUUUUUUGGAGUUGUGGCUGGAAUCGGUUUGGGACUCUGCUACGUUACUGCCGUCGUUUCCAUUGCUUAUUGGUUUGACAAAUACAGGACUUUAGCCAUUGGAUUAGGUUCUUGUGGCACAGGAGUCGGAACAUUUAUUUUUUCACCCUUAACGCAAUUUUUGAUCAAUGAAUAUGGAUGGAGAGGAACGGUACUACUUUUGGCCGGUACUUUUUUCAAUGUUUGUGUAUGCGGAGCACUCAUGCGUGAUCCGGAUUGGUUGAUAUUGGAACAUAAAAAAAAUGGAAGCAUGAAAUCAAUUAAAAACGCUUCAUCAACAAGCAGUAUUAGAAAUUCUGAGGGCGACAUCGAUUUUUUAUCCAAUUCGAAAUAUCCGAAAAAUAUGGAAAACACAUCGAAAAAUUCAUUAUCAAAAAAUUCAUCAGAUUCUAAAUUAAAUAGUGUGGAAAAUGUUAAUUUACCCUCCGUGAGAUCCGUGGUCAGUUUACCGACUUUUAUCAAACAAAAAGAAAAUGUUCCGAUGGAAGUAAUAGAACAUUUGAGUGCCAAUAAAGCCAUGUUUAACGUAUUACUGGAAAACUAUCCGUCAAUACUUAAUUAUAAAAAUAUAGCAGACGACAAAUCUUUAAAAUCGCCUUUUAAAGUAAAUAAAACCGCAUAUGAUUCAAUACAAAGCUCACCGGUAAAAAGUACAGGAAAUGCUCAAUCGAUUGAAAAUCGCUUAGGAAGUAAAAAUUCUGGAAACAAAUGCACUUCGCCUAACAAAGACACUUCAACUGGUCAACAUUAUUUAAAAGACAUUAGACUUCACAGAAAUUCCGUCGUAUAUCGGGGAGCCAUGAUGAAUAGACCAAGAUAUAGAUUAAGAGCGUCAUCUUGUCCGGAUAUUUUUCGAAAUUCUACAACGACAAUCGCGAAAGAAAAUGAAGAGAAAUGGUACGCGGAUGCUGUGGAUUUGUUUAAAACAAUGUUUGAUUUUUCAAUGUUUGCCGAAUUGCAUUUUUUCCUAAUGUCACUAGCUACAAUACUUUUUUUUAUCUGGUUGAUAGUACCCUAUUUUUACCUAGCCGAACAUGUAACGCGUAAUGGAUAUACGGAAGUCGAAGCAAGUUUUCUACUUAGCAUUAUAGGAGUUGCUAAUUGUUUGGGAAUGGUGGGACUAGGUUGGGCCGGAGAUCAAUCUUGGAUGAAUGUGACAAAAACGUAUGCACUGUGCUUAUUACUUUGUGGUAUUUCUUGCAUAUUAAUGCCGUUGGUCACGCACAAUUAUGACUUAUUAGCGGCACUUUCUGCUUUGUUCGGACUUUUUUUUGCUAGUAAUUAUUCUUUUACACCUUCCAUUGUCGUACAUUUAAUACCACUAGAAAGAUUUACGACCGCUUAUGGUUUAAUACUUUUGUGCCAAGGAAUUGGUUGCCUUGUGGGCCCUCCUUUAGGAGGAUACAUAUUUGACAUGACUGGAGAAUGGGAUUUGUCAUUUUACGUUGCUGGUGGUUGGAUAAUAUUUUCUGCAUUAUUGACAAUAUUAAUUGAAUAUACAAAAAAUCGAAGAAUGUGGGGAUCCGGCCAACUCGAAAUGGAAAGAAUAAGCAAUAACGUAAAUGUGUAA